AUGACAUUGGGUCGUCCUGUCUCUGACGAGUCUUCCUCCUCCUCCAAGUCCUCUAAGCGCAAGGGUACCCGCAGCGUCUCAACCCUCACUCCCUCCCAGCUCGCCCGCAAGCGCGCCAACGACCGCGAGGCCCAGCGCGCGAUCCGCGCUCGCACCAAAGAGCACAUCGAGCGCCUGGAGCGCGAGCUCGAGGAGCUGCGCAGCCACCAGAACCGCGACCGCACCCUGCAGGACCUGCUCCGCCGCAACAAGGCCCUCGAGGACGAGCUUAGCCGUCUGCGCGAGUCCAUGGGGAUGUCCAUGACCUCGUCGCCCUACUCGGCACCGGCCGCCUACGACGAGCAGCAGUCCGCGCCGCCGCACGCCGCCGCCACCUCGGGCUCCGGCCCCAUCCCCUCGCCCCGAAUGUCGCCUCUUGCCUCCUCGGCGGAUUACAAUCCCCUGCCCGACUACGGCCAGCACUACGUCGCCAUCCCUGGCAGCAAUGUCGACUCCUGGGCCGCCAACGUGCCCUCUCAUAUCAGCUCUACUGUCUCCAGCCCGUCUUCGUCUGCCGACGACUACGUCUCCGGCUAUAUCCCCACCAGCGUGCCAACCACCAUGAUGCCCACAUCCAACAGCCUCGAGUCCAUUGACAACUUCCGCAUCAACAACAUGCCAAUGCAGGGAGUUCCUCCUGCUGUCUACAUGCAGCAGCAGCAACAACAAUCGCAGCACCAGCACCAGCAGCCUCCGCCGCAAGGCUCCUCCCAAGGCGACUGGCCGAUGUACAGCGUCUACUACAACUCCCAAUUGCCUAAAGGCAGCGAGGCCUGCCUGUCUCGAUAA